CUGCAAUCACUUCCUCCGCCCGAUGGGCCGCUGAGCUGGCUCGCAUUUAUUUUAUUCCCCUACACGUCCAGACUGGACUCGGGUGUCUCGGCGGUUUCAUCGCCUGCUGGGCUCGGAGUGGUGUGCUGGGCGUUGAUUGAUCAUGAUAAAUCCGGAGGGUGCCUGAAUCCUUAUCCCCCCCGCUAUAUCUUAUGAUCAUGAUGGAUCAACUGUGGGGGCAAGCACCUCGUCCAUCGACCACGGAUUCACUGACAAGGGACGAUGUCCUUCUCCAUACGACAGCUAAUAAAUCCCUCAGACAAAGAACUUGAUGAAACCGCUGAUGUACUAGCAAAAGCAUUUGAGUAUUCCUACUUCUUGUCUGCCCUAGGGGGAAACCGAGAACUGGUCGUGCCGUUUCUACGAGCACACUUGAAUGCCGCACUCCUGGAAGGAGAGAUAUACGUUGUAGAAGUUCCGACAGAUGGCAUAGUCGGGGGAGCUGUUUGGUUCGGUCCCCAGCACAAGUUCAUCUCGACACCAGAGCAACGUGCUGCCGGCUGGGACGACAUCAUGGCUAAACUGGAGCCCAAGUUUCAAAAAUUCUGGGAUCAGUUCCUGGUUGAUUACGAUGACUUAUGCGAGACGUCCUUCGGUCCUGGCGUAAAGCUCGCAUCGUACCACCUACAAGUCUUCGGAGUAGUACCUGACUAUCAGCGACGGGGCUUCGGAAGAGCCCUCAUCGAAGCAGUUGCAGACAAGGCGAAGCCGAAAGGUGAUACCUUGGUCUUGGAGACUAUGGGGGAGACAAGGGUUGCUAUCUACAAAGCGAUGGGAUUCAAGAUGGCGGGCUCCGGCUCUGUACGAGGGGUUAAUGAUGCCGACUGGGUCUUCUAUUGCUUGAAAAGGCCGACAGCACCCGAUACUGAGACGACCACCUAG